AUGUGGGAAACUUCUUUGUCAUCAAAAUUUGGAAAUUAUGCACGGCGUAAAUCGGCAGGUGGCAAAACACACCUACGUAAAGUAGCGACACCUAAUUUCGUCAAAGAAUCCCAAGAUCUUCUCCUCAAUAUAAGACGAGAAACGAAUACAACUGAAAGUACUAACAGCGUCUAUGAUGAUCUAGUAAAGGUCUUAAAAGCAGUACAAAAAUAUAAAGAAGAGAUUGAAAGUCUAAAGAAAAAUAUAGACUUACGUAACGUAAAGACACCUAAUUUUGUUAAAGAAUCCCAAGAUCUUCUUCUCAAUGUAAGACGAGAGACGAAUACAACUGGAAAAACUAACAGCUUCUAUGAUGACCUAGUAAAUGUCUUAAAAGGCAAUUCAAAGAUAUAA